CGGCCGGCGAGCGUUCUUUACCAGUUCGAAGCUUGCGACGACAGCGAAAACAAAGCGAAGCCACAACCACAGUAUACUCGUUUUAGAAGCAGCUACUAUACUAUACAUCUAUACCCUAAAAAGCAUCUGAAAUUACUUGUGAUUGGUGAGAGGUAGACAGCAACAUGAGUGAAACAGGGAAAUUGCAGGAGCAGCAGGGCCAACAGGGUCAGCAGCCGUCCGUGGAGCUGCUCGAGUGCGACAUCGAUUUCGACGAGGAGCUGCCGCAGUCCUCGCUGCAGGCCCAGGGCUCCGACCAGUCCAAGGCCAACAAUCCUCGCUCGGAGAAGCUCUUCAGCCAGGCGAUCAAGAAGGUAACGAAGGUGCAGCGCAUGCUGGAGCAGGCCAUGGCUCUGCUGGCCGAGGAGGAGGCCGCCGAGGGCACCAAGUCUCAGCCGAAGAAGUCCAAGAAGCAGCACAAGAAGGACAAGAAGAAGGACAAGAAGAAGGCCAAGAAGCAGGAGAAGAAGCUCAGGAAGUGCGCAGGAGCUGUCGGCGAGCAGCCGGACGUGGAGCUCGUCGACGGGGAGGAGGUGCCCACCACCAGCCGCCAGCGCUCCGACAGCGUCAGCUCGUCGAGCUCCAGCUCCAGCUCGAGCAGCUCCUCGAGCAGCUCCAGCUCCAGUUCUAGCUCGAGCUCCAGCUCGCACUACUAUGCGUAUGGCUGGGGUCGCAAGCACUGGGGUGGCGGAUGGCCCUACGGCCCUCACGGCGGCCCUCAUCAUCAUGGCCACCAUGGACGCGAUCGUUCUCGAUCUCGCAGUCGCUCUCAUGGACGUCAUGGCCAUGGUCAUGGACACGGUCAUGGAGGCCAUCGCCAUCACGGGCACGGACACGGCCACGGCCACGGAAAUGGCCACGGACACGGACAUCGUCGUCAUGGACAUGGUGUCCAUCAUUUCGGACCCCAUCAUUUCGGUCACCACCAUUUCGGACCUCAGAGUUUUGUCUCCCAUGGGUUUGGCCCACGCGAGUGGGCCGCUGCCUGUCCGGCCGGAUUCGAUCGUCGUGCCGCUUGGCUGGCACCUUGGCCCGAGCAGUGCCGGUUUUUUCGGUCGGCGGGCCUGCCGUGGGCCCUGGAACACAGCUCGGCAAGAAGGAGGCGAUCGAUAUCUAGACCAGGCCGUGGAGAUUGUAGACAUCAGCACGGAGAGCAUCAGCGACGUGGACACGGACACGGACAUGGCCACAAGGGUGGUUCACAUGACCGUCGAGUAGAUCGAUCGAGCUCCAGCUCCAGUUCCAGUUCGAGUUCUAGCUCGGACAGCGAGUGCGAACGCCGACGUGGGCGCAAGGGUAGAUCGUGUCGCCGGAGCCGUCAUGGCAAACGCUCCAGCUCCAGCUCCAGCUGCCGUUCGGACAACGAGAAGAAGAGCCACAAGAAGAAGAAAGGUGGCCGCAAGCAGUGUCGUGCAGAAGGAAUUCGAUUUAGCACUUCUUCUAGCUCAAGCUCCAGCUCGAGUUCCAGCUCCGAUGGCGAGAAAAAGAAGAGGAAGAACAAGCGUGAAGGGCGUCAUGGACACCCCCAUCACGGACCACAUCAUGGACAUCCCCAUCACGGUCCACAUCACGGACCACAUCAUGGACCACAUCACGGAAGUCACCAUCACGGACCGCACCACGGGCUUGGGCCCGAUUUCGCCUGGCAUUUUCAUGGACGCUAUGGAGGACAUCCAGCUGUCGGCCUUGUAGGAGCACCUGCCUUCGGUCACCCUCCGUCUCCCAGCUAUGGUCCACCGCCUGACUGCCGUGGCCGUAGACGUCACUCCCGUUCCCGUUCCCGUUCCCGUUCUCGUUCUCGCUGUCACAAAAAGAAGGAACAGAAGGGUUCUCGCUCGCACUCCCGCUCCCGCUGCAACUCGCGCUCAGGCGGGAAAAAGCACGGCAAGGACAUGAAAAAUAAACAUCAUGGACAUGGAAAAGGACCGGGUUCCCGUCGUGGAUCCGUUUCUCAUCAUCCAUGCGGACCGCAUCGCGGAUCCGUUCCGCAUCUUGGACAUGGUGGUCCCCAUCGGGGAUCCGUUGCCAAUCCUGGGCAGGUUCCGCAUAGUGGAUCUGUUCCUAAUCCUGGACACGGGCCGCAUCGUGGAUCCGUUCCUCAUUUCGGACACGGUCUACAUCAUAGACACUCCAUUCAUCGUGGAUCUGUUCCCCUUCAUGGUCCGGAGAGCCCCUGGGGCUGGGGGGUCUAAGCGACUGGUUGCUGGUCCCACAAAAAUAUCAAUUUAUCUUUAACAUAACCUUUCACCAACCUCAAGCAUAAUCUUCGAUGUUGUACCUACCUGUAUACCAAAAAAAAGCAUUAUAAAAAUUAUUAAACUAUUAAAAAAAAUAAAUAAAAAGUA